AGUGGUAAGUCCUCAUAAAUGUCACCAAUGAAUAUAUGAAAGAAUACAUUUUCGUGGUGAGUACAAUUUAAAUUUAUUUAUUUAUUCGAAUUAUCCAUAAAAACUAUAGAAUGAAAGAACACUUGAAAACAGGAGAGUGAUAUUUCAGUAAGCAAACUACAACGCAAGAGGGCGGUAGAACACAGAAAUAUGAGGAAUUGUUUAAAGCAUAACCUAAAUUAAAGCCAUCAUUGAAUGACAAUUACAAUAUAAAAAAUUGAACCACGGAACGCGAUAACAUCAUAACAACUUUCUCCACGUGAUGCACUAUAAAUAAUGACACCACAGACUAAUCACUUAGUUGUACAUUCUAAAACAUUGGUCAUCGAUUUUUAAAUAAAGCACUUUCAAGGAAAUAACUCACUUUCCUCUCCUUAGCAACAUUCAUUAAAAUAAUUUAAAGUGCAAGUACUGUAUAUUAUAAAACACUGUAGCGCACUGUGUAGUCUUUUGAAUUAAACUGAACUACGUUUUUUUUAAUAAAAAAUUAUGAAACAAAAACCCUAAUCAUACUGAACAACUGCAUAUGUGCACAGAUACAGUAAUUAUUAGGUACAAUAUAUAAUCCUGUCUAUUCUUUCCUGAAUUAGACAUAUUUGAAAUAUGUUUAGAUAAAUUAAAUGUAGGAUCGAACAGGCAGGUUUGAAUCAAUUUUCAAAGAAGCCAUGAUUAUGCAAUAAAAUACAAGCAUUACAUUGAGUGCGUACAGCAGCAUUUGAUUUAUAAAAAGUGAUCACGCCCUCUAUAGUAUGAGUUAGUAAUACGUUUCCAAAAUACUUGGCGAUAUUUCUACUAAUUAAUUUUAUAUACUCUCUAUUAACAAUCAGUAAUGCGAUUGAGAUCUCUUAAAACGUUUCCUUUUUUUUCUUUAGUGUUUGGAAAACUUGUUCAAGAAUCUACAGUAACAAACAUUACUAACAAGGUGCUAGAAUGAUAUGUCUUUUUUUCUUAUAAAAUGUGGCCUUAAUAAUAAAUUCACCUGAUUCAGUCCUAUCAUCUUGAGACUUUUUAGGGUCUGAACAUUCAGUGAAAAAUUUAAACUGUAUACAUUUUAAAUGAUGCUAGUAACAUCAGUAGUUGUCAUGAAUUCAGAAAAGGUUGCUAUGGCACAAUUUUACUUCAUAAUACAGAAACUCUAUGGUGAAGAAUUUGAAGUUUCAGAACAUUAGAAAAUUACUAAGAAUUUUCACAAAUAAAAUACAUUGGUAAUAUUUAAGAUAAUAUUGAAGAUAAUGUAAGUACUACAAAAAAUAAGCAUAGACUUUAUAAAAAUCAAGUGCAGUCUGAGUUACUACAAAUACAUUGAUUUAAAAAUCAAAUGCAGUAUACUGAACAAACAUUAAUGAAUGAUAAUUAAUAUGAUUUGUUUAAUAUCCAAUGCUCCAUCUUUCCAAAUUCCCUGCAAACAGCAUCAUCAGCCUUUGUUUCAUUUUUAAUCAAUCCUUAAAAUUUCCAUACAGAUUGAAUAUCAAAAUACAAAAUGUGAUUUCUUCGAAAGAAUAGUCAUCAACAGUUUCAAUAUGUUCAGUUUCUUUUUAAUCAAAGCAUAUCCAAUAAACCGAAAACGUCAGUUCUCAAACAUGUUCCCCAUACACUGGUCACUAAUCAUAAGCUUUCCUUACUAAAAUGGUGCCUGGCGGUGUUCGUUAACCAUGUUUCUUUUCAUUUCUUUUCAUAUCAAUGAACAGAAUGAAUACGAAGAUAAGUCUUUUGUUUGGUUGGGUUCCCUCUCUGAUAAUAAAUUGGAAUGUAACUUAAACACAGUAUAAGAAAUUAGUUUUAGAAAAAGAAGGUAUCCACAAUCUAGGCAUAGGCCACAUGGUCACAUGCUCUGAUUAAACUUGAACAAUUCAUCCGCCCGGGAUAACUAACGAACGUUGCCUCCAUAACGAUCGUCCUCGCUAGGCCACGCUGCUACGAUUGCCCUGCUCUCUUCCUAGCAUAGCAGCCUAAACAUGCGCAUAUUCCUAGAAUUCCAAAUAUUAGACCAAAUAUUAAAGCUAUAGCAUCUCCGGCAUCGAAUGCUGAUACAACUGGUAAACAAACUGCUAUCCAAAUAGCUACUAACUCUGCAAAAAGAGUGAACAUUUUUGGUCGAAAUUCAGCAACAAGUACAGUACUAGCCUACUAGUACACUUCAGUAAUCAGGGAGAUCCGGAAGUACAAGAUAUUCUCACGCUCAUGUGAUUGAUCAGCACGUGAUCUCAGCUGUGACGACACGGUGGACGCGACUAUUUUUUCGGUCGAAUGUCAAAAUCAAAAUGUGCCAAUGACGUGUGUUUUCAUCACGUGACCACUGAAUUAGUUGCUGUUUUGACACCGGGAAAAUGGCGGAAUGUGAAAACAAAUAUCCUCCUUCUUCUUUAGCAGCAUCAAUAAGUCAGUUAGACGACUCUGAACUCACUUCAGAAACGAUAUCGGAAGUGAAACAAACAGAGGAAACAGGUGUACCUUUAAAUACGCCAUGGACAUUUUGGGUCGAUCGGUCUGUCCCUGGAACAACAGCUGCCCAGUAUGAAGCAGAACUGAGGAAAAUAUAUACUUUCCACACUGUUGAGAGUUUCUGGAAAGUUUUCAACAACAUCCCGGAUCCAAGUUGCCUAGCAACUAGGUGUAGUUACCAUCUAAUGCGAGGGACAAAUAAACCUAUUUGGGAGGAACCUUGUAAUGCACAUGGUGGAGACUGGAAACUAAAAGUACCAAAGAAUCAAAGUUCAAUAGUUUGGAAAGAAGUUCUUCUAGCAGCAAUAGGUGAACAGUUUGCAGAUUGCUUUGCCGAAGGUGAUGAUAUAUGUGGAGUAAGUAUCAGUCGACGUGGAAUGGAAGAUGUGAUUCAGAUAUGGAAUGCCAGUACUCUACUACAUGAACAAUCCACAGUGGUCCAGAAGAUAAUGCAACUAUUACCAGAUUUCCAGUUUAAAACAGUCUUUUAUAAAUCACAUCAGCAACACACUGCCUUUGAAGGAGGAGCAAAAAAGUGAUUGGUCCAUUUCUUGUUGCUAUGGUUAUUUGUUCUGAUUUGAAUGGUACUGCAUCAUGCACUAAUCCACUAUGCAAGUGGCAGAUGAGGGCAGUAUUUAUGUUCUGUGCAGCAGAUGAUUGCAGUUUUUACUAAAAUUUGUGUGCAACAUGCAUUGUACAAGUAGCAGAUGUGGGCAGUAUAUAAUAUAUACUUGUCUUUGUGUAUGCUUGUGUCUUGACACACAAGUCAUCAUGUUGAAAAAAUGUGCAAUCAAAAUUAUUAUGUGAUGUUUGGUUGAACAUACAAGGUGAAGAUAAUAUAUGUUCUAGGGUUCAGGAUAUGUGUAUGGGAUGUAAGGGAAGGAGCUAUUGAGAUCAAGCAUUUAAAAUACAUGUUCCAAGGCUCAUACUGUGUGGAAGUUGUUAUAUACAAAGAUGUUUGGUGGACCAAUGAACUGCCAGAUAUAUUAGUAUGUUGCCAUUUGUGUUUGUAUGCCCAAGAAGGGCAGAACCAAAUGCUUAUAAUUAGGUGCUAAAAUAAACUGUGACAAGAUAGGGGAGUACUGUAAUUGUGAUACUGUAGGGUUUCUUAGUGUGUGCAGGAUGAUUUUGGUCUGACCUUAAUAUUUUAUGAUAGAGAUGAGACUGAUCAGAUAUCUGGAAUCAAGUUCAAUCUACCACAUACAUCAGCUCCUAUUAUUUCUUUACCUUUAGCCUCAGUGAUAGGUCUGUAGAUUUUUUUUCUUUCUGUGCAUAACCUACAUACAAAGUCUUGCACACAACAAGAAGAGUUUUAUAUAUAGUUAUGAACAAAUUCUGAAACAUGACAACAUAUUAGCUUUUAAAGAUUUAUUUUUGAUACCUUCAUACCCAAUUUCAAUUAAUAUAAUCAGCAAUUUCAUUAUUAUUAGUGUGGAAAUUCAUUGAUUAUUGUUAAAUAUAAAGGAUUACUGAAAUCUUGUUUUUAUUAAUUAUUCAACAACAAAGCUUUUUUGAUACAGUUUUUUUUUUAUGAUUUGAUUUUGUUAUUACUUUUAAAUGUUCUACAUAAUUAUAAAUGCUAAAGAAUCAUUGACUAGCAUUUCCAGCUGUAAUAUAUUAAUGCUUUCACUAGUCAUUCCAAUUUAUUAUGGUUCAGAGGUACCAGUGCAAGAUGUCAACCCUUAAAUUCAGUGGUUCAAAUCUUCUACCGUUAAUUAAAAUUAAUAAAUUUUCAGGAAUUUGUGUAGAACCUAUCUCUCAGUUAACAGAAUGUCUGCUUAAGACAGUGGAGUGUUCUAUAUUGUUUCAGGCACAACUGUGGUACAACCUGCCAGGUUAUAUCAAAACAUUGCAAACAUUAUAACCUUUUGCACAUGCACAAAAAACUGUUAGGUCAACCUCUCAUUCAACUUUUGCCAAUUGAAUUUGCUUUUUUAAAUGUUUUUCCCUCACAAAUAUACCUUCAUUAUUUUGCAGUUUUUGUCUUUUAGAUACAGUAAUUUGUCUUGUAUGAUAGUUAGAUACCUCUAGCCAUAGUAUUUUGAUGUUGAUCUUUAGCUUAAAAUUCCUGGAGAAUGGUAUUGUGGUGUUGAUUCUCUACUUAAGCAAUCCUGGUUUGUUUUUGGCUAUUUUUCAUUUUUAUUUCCUUUUUCCUUUCAGGUAUUUAUAAAUCUUGUAAAGCUAUGUAAGUGUAUUAUUUAUAGAGGUUGUGACGUCUGGUGGAAUAUUUACUCAGAGAAUGGAGUAUAUGUCUUAACAAAGCUGUUUAUUCCAAUAAUUGAGGUCAUAAUGUUAAUUGCAUUCAGGUACUUUUAUUGUUAUAAGUUUGCGCAGGCCACUUGUAUACCAGAUACUGGUAUUAAAUGUGUUUUGAGGAAACCUUAUUUUCAAGUAAUUGUGUUAGAAUAUACAGUAUUUUAUACUCUACUUUUAAUGAAAACAAUUAUGAGCAAUGAAUAAAGAUUAUGUCUUACCACAAUGCAUUAUAGGAUAUACAUCUACAUAUAAUGCAUUAUGGGUAAGGUAGUAGAAAAAACUUUAAUUUCCUGAAUUGACGGAACUUAAUUACAUACAUAAAUUAGUUAAUUGACAUGAUUGAAAGCAAUACAGUAAUACAUUUUAAAACAUCUUGGUCAUAUUUUAAUGCCAUGUUUUAUAAAGCAUCUUAAAACUGAAACGUGUUUUGAACUUGUACAAUAUUAUUAAGACACUUUUUUGCCAAAAUAACUAAAUAAUUAGGUAGUUGUCAUACUUUGGUAAAGUAAUAGCCUGUUCUGGUUGGAGCUAUGCAAAAUAGUGCUUUUGAUUGUAAAUAAGAGUUAGAUUAAUUGCAUAAUAUUGUAAAUUUAAAUACAGAUAGAUUAAGAAUAAAUAUAUUUGUGUAUGGCUUCACAAUGGCAGGUGUUAUAUGAAUUAGUAGUGGGGUGGUAUCCUUUUAAUUACUGUAUAUGAAUUCAUAUAUUCAAGACUACAGUAUGGUAUAAAAUUGAGUCAAAUAGGUGUAACAUUUUCCCAAAUGAAGUUCUUGCUUAGGUUCAGCCAGCUGAAGCUUAAAUCAGCAACAAUAAACUUAGUUUUAAGUCAUGACUUCACCACUGAAUAGAACUUUUGCAAUAUCACUUAAGUUAAAGUAAUUACUUACAAUGUUAUUCUGCUUCUGAAGCUUUGACAAGACCUACUUCCGCAAAGAGACACGCGACCAUGACAAAACAAGGCGGGUCACACACUGCGUUGUCAGGCAACGCUAUUCUAUAGAGAACACAAUAUGACGACAUGUUCAUGGUUAUUUUUAACGAUGAUUAUCUCGGACGGUGUGAUGUGGAGCGCUCACAGAAAAUGUGUCACCCUACUGUUUUACGAUGCAGUGUGUGUCCCUGCUUAAAUCACACAUUGCUGUACAUAAGCUGUGUUGAUUUUUACUGCAUGCUAUCUUUUUAAUCUUGACGCAAGCAGUAUUUGUAUUUAAACCUUUUUUGUUACAAUUUUUAAAGUAUUCUCAUACUGAUUUGUUUCUAGUUCAAAAGAAAAUUCAGUGGAUCGACACUGCAAUUUUUAUUAUAAAAAACUGUUGGUUUAAGUCUAGUUACAGAUGUAGUAGGACAAAUACACUUUACAUUGUCAAACUCUGGCGGAAAUAUACUGCCCUCUAGAAUCUCCUGGGAUGCUGUUGAUCCAAAUCAGAGGACACAAACAUGCCUUGUGUUAAGUUUUUCCAUAUUUGUUAUUGCUAUUGUAUAUAUUACCAUUGUAAUUUAAGUAUGAGAUUUUAUGUUUCAUGUAAGUACCUAUAUAUAUUUAUUUCACCCAUAAUGCUUUCUAUAAAUCCCUUUUUAUUUUGUUCUUAAAAAUACCUAUACCUGUUUAUUAAAAUGAUUUAAAAACUUACUUAUCUCCACUCUUCUGUGAUAUGCCAUCAACCAAUAUUUUAUACAAAUCUUUUUAGGAAAGUUGGAAUUUACAGGUAAUAUAUAUAUAUAUA